AUGGAAGAAUCCACGUCGUUCCUGCCCAUCGAGCCCUCCAAUUUCGACCUAAUCGUGGUCGGCACCGGCCUUCCACAGUCCAUAAUCGCCUCCGCCGCGUCCGCCGCCGGAAAAUCGGUUCUUCACCUCGAUCCCAACCCUUUUUACGGCAGCCACUCGGCUUCCCUCCCCCUCGACGACCUCGUCUCCUUCCUUAAAACCCACUCUGAAUCGCAAACCCAAUCCCAGUCAGAAGCCCAACCCCUGCCUCAAAUCUUCUCCGGCGAUGGUAAUUGUGUUUCUAUCCCUCUCUUGACCCGACCACUGUAUUCCAGUGUGGAGAUAAACUCCUACUCCUCCGACCUCAUCGAAGCUUCCAGAAGAUUUAACCUGGACUUGGCGGGUCCUCGGGUUUUCCUCUGCUCCGACUCCAUGAUUGAUUUGAUCCUCAGGACGGGCAUUAACCAGUACAUGGAGUUCAAGGCCAUGGAGGCCAGCUUCUUGAGCGACGCUGAGGGUAAAUUGGAGAGUGUUCCAGACUCCCGCAGCGCCAUCUUUAAAAAUCGCACCUUGUCCCUGCCUGAGAAAAAUCAGUUGAUGAAGUUCUUCAAGCUUGUGCAAGAGCAUUUUGGGAACGAUGGCGAGGGAUAUAAGAUUUCUGAAGAGGAUUUGCGGAGUCCUUUUGUCAAUUUCUUGACCAAAAUGGGGCUGUCGGAGAAGCUAAAAUUGAUAAUUUUGUACACAAUAGUGAUGGCUGAUCAUGAUCAAACAAACAUGGAAGUUUGUAGAGAUGUUGUGGACACUAAAAGUGGGAUUAAUGGAUUGGCAUUUUACCACUCGUCCAUUGGCAGGUUUCCAAAUGCAAAUGGUGCUAUAAUAUACCCCAUUUAUGGUCAAGGGGAACUCCCUCAAGCCUUUUGCCGCCGUGCUGCUGUGAAGGGGUGCAUUUAUGUUUUGCGAAUGCCCAUAGCUUCUGUGCUCAUGGAUAAGGACGGUGGUACAUAUAACGGUAUCAAAUUAGGUUCCGGCCAGGAGUUAUUCAGCUCUCAACUGAUUCUUGAACCGCAUUACACAAUCCCAUCAACUUUAACUCCUGCUGAACAAGUGGCAGCUUCUCACGGUGCUAAUCUCUCUGAUACCAAAGAGAAAGUUGUCCGGGGAAUAUGCAUUACCAAGAAUUCAUUAUAUCCAGGAGUUGCUAAUUGCUUAGUGUUCUUCCCUCCCAGAUCUUUGUAUCCAGAGCAAAUUACGACAGUCCGUGUACUCCAGUUAAGUAGCAACGUGGCUGCUUGCCCCUCAGGGAUGUUUGUGACUUAUCUGUCAGCAAAGUGUGGUAAUGCUGUAGAAGGGAAGAAAUUACUAAAUGAAGCCAUAAAUGCACUGUUCUGUGUGCCUUUAUCAGGGAACUCUGAGAAGGAAAAUUUACACGAGCAUACUGUAGGAAAACCGUGUUUGCUUUGGAGCGUCCUGUAUAUACAAGAGCUAACUAAGUUUCAAGGUGCCUUUCAGUCCAUCACCUACACGGCCAUGCCAGACGAACAUCUGCACUAUAAUGAUCUCCUAAAUGAAACCGAAAAGCUAUUUCAAGAAAUGUAUCCCAAUGAAGAAUUUUUCCCAAAGCAAUACCCAACUGAAGAUGAUAUUUGUGAUGAUAUUUGUGAUGAUGAUGGUGGCUUGUAG